CUUCCUUCCACUCGUCAUGGUUAAUAUCUCGUCUACGCUAGCCUCUCUCCUUCUCAGUGGUCUGUUCUCUGCGAUUUUCACCGGCAUGAUGUCCGUCCAAUCUCUUCUGUACUUCAAGCUCUUCCCAACGGACAAGCCCCGAAUCAAAGGUCUGGUGAGAGAAUCCUUGCUUUUCGACGUUGCCCACAGCGGAACUGUCUGGGCCGGCCUUUGGAACUAUUUGAUUGUUCACUUUAAUGACACAGCUAGGAUAGACCAAUCCCUCAGUAUGUUCCUGUUCUCUACAGUUAUCGCCCCUUUUUUCGCUGAACGGAUCUUUCGGUUAAGCAAGAACAAUCGGAUACCUGCCGCAUCGAUUGUCAUCUUCGCUUUCCUCCGUCUAAACGAACCGUAUGCACUUCGCAGGCUGUCCAUUCAAACAUAUUCUGGAUUCAGGAAUAACUUUAACUGGGUAUUCCCAGCUGGACUCGGACUGUCCUCCGCUGUGGAUAUCCUCGUUACUGGCUCACUCCGCAAAGCUUCGUUGAGGUACAACGCUAUUUCCGAUCCAGCCCCAAACUCACUCUUUCAGUUCACUGCUACCAGCAUUGCCACCAUCGCUUCGAUGAUCUGCACUCGCCACGCUACUACUCACGCUCUUAUUUCAAUGUACUCAAACUCGCUUCUGGCAACCCUCAUAACUCGGUAUGAACUGAGGAACAGCCGAGAACGCGUGAUCGAAUACGGGGCCGGUUCUGGGACCCACAAUCGGAGAUGGGUACUCUCAGGAGUGGAAACGCCUCAAUGA